AUGCGAAGGGGACGACGCCGAAUUCAUGGCGACGGCCGCAGACGCCGGCAAUACCAACGGCAGGCGUACACUGUCGAGUUCAAGAUUCAAGUCAUCCAGUACUUCGAGGCUUCAGGCAGCAUGAGGGCAACUCUGGACCGGUUCUUCGACGGCAUGAGCGAGGCAAAGCGGGCCAACAAAGCAAAGCUAGUCUACAAGUGGCUUGGCAUGCGGUGUGCCCUUGAAGAGCGCGCGCAAAAUGGCCGGUUGGCGUCCCAAUUCCGUGGUCGUGCUUCCGGGGUGGGCUUGACCCUUCCUAGCGAGGUUGAGCAGCGUAUCGUCAGGUGGGUCAAUGACUUCCGGCGUGAAGGGCUCCCGAUUUCUGUUCUCAUGCUGAAGCUGCAGGCGUUGGAGAUAGCACAAGCUGCUGGUAUCCCGCCAGACCAUUUUGCGGCGUCGUGGCAAUGGCGCCGAGGGUUCACGCGUCGCCAUAGGCUCUCGUUC